GGGCUACAGGCACGAGUGAACUGUAGGAUUAGCUUCUCUUGUUAGACACGAGUUAUUCGUUAUUCAGAAACGAUUGUUGCUGCUUUUGAUAGCUACAAAUGUUACGUAUACUUGUCAAAUGGCAUAAGUCAGAACUGAUAUUCUGAGCUAAAGUUGAUUGCAAAGAUAGAUUUCUACUUUUUURCGGGCAUGACAAGUAAGCAGCUAACAGCAGAAGUCGCUGUCUUUAUCGUGUAACUAGCCACUCCGCUACUUUGACAGAAGCUGUCCGUCCACCAGUUUCCACCAGAAACAUGCCUCUUCAGUUGACGAGCCAGGCUUAUUGUAAAAUGCUUUUGCAUGCUGCCAAAUAUCCUCAUUAUGCCGUGAAUGGGUUGCUAAUAGCAGAAAAGGCUAAGGAGAGAAAGAAGGACAGUCACGGCGGUSCAGUUUUGUGUGUGGACUGUGUGCCUCUUUUUCACGGUAUUCUUGCUCUGGCUCCAAUGCUGGAAGUAGCUCUGACGUUGAUCGACACUUGGUGCAAAGAAAACAACUAUGUCAUCGCUGGAUAUUAUCAAGCCAAUGAGAGAACAAAGGAUUCAAGGCCUAACCAAGUGGCAGAAAAAGUGGCUGCCAGAAUUUCAGAGAACUUCAGCGAAGCAUCACUUGUUAUGUUGGACAGCAGCAGAUUAACGAUGAGCUGUUUUGAGCCCAUUGUGAUCAUCUAUGAUCAUCAUGAAAACAAGUGGAGAAGCAGAGAAGUAGCAGCGUACGUGUCUGAAAAGGAUUCUUUUGAGGACUGGAGCGAAGCACAGAAGAUCACGUCGGCCCUGCUGGUGGGCAGGUCCUACGAGAAUUUGGUUGACUUUGACAAUCACUUGGAUGAUCUAAGAAACGACUGGACCAACCCUGUCAUUAACAAGUCUGUCCUGGAUCUUUGUUAGGACUUGAAACCUUCUGUUUCCAUUUUGAGCUUGCAUGAUGCUACUUCAAGUAGCACACAGUCUUUGAUCCUGUGCAAGCUUCACGCACUGGCAGAAUCUGUGCAGCGGUGAUCGUUCACACUGAAAUCUUCUAAAAUGCAGGAGCAUGUGUACUGUUGACCUGUGUGCACCUUUACAAGGUGAUGCUGAGAGGAUGAAGGCAAGAUUUGRUCCUCCUUUGAAAUGCUUUGAGUUUGUUCUGUUAUGUUCAAAAGGUCUCAGGGUGUUUGAUUUGUGUUUUGUCUCAAAUUUUACUCCAAGCAGCCACACAGAGAUCAAAUUCUAAAUUAUUUAGCUUCUGAUGUCUAAGACUAACUGCUGUAUGUGUUCUUUAAUAAUUUUUAGCACGUCUUGAGGUCUAAAUUAAAUUUAACAUGUUUAAAUGUAGUCUUAAGCUGCAGAAAUAUUCCCCACAUUAAUAGAAAUGUUGACAUCAGACUACAAACAGGAAGUGAAGUUCUCUUUUAAUAACUUGAACUUAUAAAAGACUGAAUGGAAACAUGGGAUAUUUAAACACAUUUGCUUGUAAAUUUCUGAUUGUUUUUUCUUCUUUCUGUCGCUGGUUUAUUUCAUACGCGUCAGCUUUUCAUUUGUAUACUGGUUGAGUUAUAAUGUCUGAACAGCCCCAGUUCACAGGAAUAUGGGAGUUUGGUCUUCCAUUGAAUAUUUGAAUAAUCAGUGUAAAUUAUUAACUCUGCUGUAAAUCAUUUUAAACAUGUUCAGGAAGUGGGGAAAGGAAUCGUUUAAAACCUAUUUGUGAAUCAGAGCUAACGUUCUUAAUCAGCUGCAUAGAGGUGACUUUUUCAUAGAUUUUUUUUUUCUGAAUUAAAGUAAAUUUAGAAUCAAUUUCAGAUAGAAUCAAGUCAUUUCCUUUUUUGAUUUGUAAAAUAACUUUGCUGUCCUGUUCAACAUGCCUGGCAUUUUUAGAAGUUUGAAAAGGACUAGUUUAUUGAUUCAGUUUUUGCUUAACAGCUUUACCCUUAGGGGUGCUAAUCCUGUGUGUCAGGAUCACGUGGUACUGCUAACAAGUAGAAAGCAUAAUAAUGACUUUAUAUGUCAAUUUGUAAGAGGAKAAUUUUAAUAAACUGUGAAAAAUGAAAUAAAAAUGCUAAUUAAAAUGCUGUCAAUGCAAAAGAAAAA